AUGCCUCUGGAUAUUAGUAAUGCCUUGUUCUUCAUAAUUCCGCCAAUCUUGAUUUGGCUUUUCAAUCAAUAUGGAUGUGUAGUGUCACAAGGUGUACACCUUGUCUGGGUGUUGCUGUUUUUUGUUGGUGUGGGCUCGGCAUACUUUCAUGCGACACUCAGUUUGUUUGGACAGCUUCUCGAUGAACUCGCUAUACUCUGGGUUAUAAUGGCUGCAUUUUCGAUGUGGUUUCCACGGCGACUGCUUCCGCCACGCUUCCAGCAUAAUAGAAAUUGGUUUCACUUGGCUGUUUUCUUCAUGGGACUGUCUUGCUCAAUUCUCGCAUGUAUAAAACCAGUAGUUAAUGCUUUCGCGCUGAUGUUCUUUGGAAUUCCAAGUUCGGCCGUGUUGUUUGCUGAAGUCCGUAGGUGUGAUGAUAACCGAGCGGUUCGGCUGGGUGUCCGAUGUACUUUCAUCUUUGUGCUUGCUGUUCUGUGCUGGCUAAAUGACAUACUCUUCUGCGAUGUGUGGGUUGCUCUGAAUUUUCCGUAUUUACACUGUGGUUGGCACAUAUUCAUCUUCCUGUCAUCAUAUACUGCGUGCGUUUUGUUUGCAUACUUUUAUGCAAAGGCCGAGUUUCCUGAACAAAUCCCUACGCUCAGGUUUUGGCCCAGAGACGAUUGGGAGUUGGGCGUACCAUACGUUAUGCUGAAGCGUCGUGGCAGCGUUUCACACAUGAAGAUAAAUAAUUACUCGAGUAAAUCAUCUGAGAUGUUCUAAAUACUCUCCUCAUGUUACCGUAUAUUUAGUGAUAUUAAUUGUGACUGGGUUAUUCUAGCUUGAAUUAUGUAAGUCAGUUUGUCUUCAAUGUGAGUAAUUUCUAUAGGAUAAUUUUAGUUAUAUCACUGGACCCUUUCAUUGUGUUUUUGUUCAUGUUUUAUAUUUAAAAUUGAUGUAUAAUAACAUUGACUAAUAUUCAUUAAAAUGGCAAUUUAGUAUAAUUUUAUUAUAUUGCUAAGUACUGUCACAUAAUGUGUAAGACCAAAUCGAAAGUACAAUUGUAGUUCAUAAAAACUAAAUGAUACCUGAAACGUUGGUGAGGUUGGUACAUUUCUGUUUCCCUCACUGUAGGGAGACUUUAAUGUGGGCAUAUUGUGUAGCUCAUUAUAGAAAUGAGUCAUCAAUUUGUGUCUAGUCCAAUUUCAUUCUGCAAUGUGUGUUGACUUCUGAAGUAAUCCAAUGGUAAUCUUGAAGUUGAAGAGUUAAACAACUUGAUCAACUCGCUACUAG